GGGCCAGCUGGAAAACCUGAAGGGGCGGCAGCCAGGCCUCCCUAGUCGGCCGGGUGUGGCUCUCCUCGAGAGGCUAUCGGCAGAGCUCCACAAACUCCACAGCAACUCAGCCCCAGACGGACAGUCUGACGGAACGAAGACACCUCUCAGCCCACGAGCACGAUCGGUGCCUCUCAGGAGAUGCAGGUGCUCCUGCUGCUGAUCGCCUCGGCGGGCACCUGCCUGGGCCUGCUGGUGGCAACUGCGGCGGCCACCAGCCCUGCCCGACCGGACUCCCCGGGCCUGCUGCCCACCCACCGGCGCCAGAAGAGGGACUGGAUUUGGAACCAGAUGCACAUUGAUGAAGAGAAAAACACCUCGCUGCCCCAUUAUGUGGGCAAGAUCAAAUCGAGCGUGAACCACAAGAACACCAAGUAUGUGCUCAGAGGAGACUCUGUGGGCAAGGUCUUCCGGGUCAGAGAGGACACAGGCGACGUGUAUGCCUUUGAGAGGCUGGACAGGGAGAAGAUCCCGGAGUACCACCUUACUGCCCUUGUGGUAGACAAGAAUACCAACAAGAACCUAGAGUCUCCGUCCAGCUUCACCAUCAAAGUUCACGACGUGAACGACAACUGGCCUGUGUUCACACACCGGUUGUUCAACGCCUCUGUGCCAGAGAUGUCGGCCGUGGGGACCUCCGUCAUCCGUGUGACAGCAGUUGAUGCAGAUGACCCUACUGUGGCAGACCACGCCUCUGUCAUGUACCAAAUCCUGAAGGGAGAAGAAUAUUUUGCUAUUGAUGGUUCCGGACUCAUUUUCACGACAACCAAAACCUUGGACCGAGAGGUGCAGGCCAAGUAUGAAAUCGUGGUGGAAGCGCGAGAUGCCCAGGGCCUCCGUGGGGAGUCAGGCACAGCUACGGUGCUGAUCACUCUGCAGGACAUCAAUGACAAUUUCCCCAUCUUUACCCAGCCCAAGUACACAUUCUCCGUGCCUGAAGACAUCCGUGUGGGCAGCUCCCUGGGCUCUCUGUUCGUUGAGGACCCAGACGAGCCCCAGAACCGGAUGACCAAGUACAGCAUCGUGCAAGGUGAAUACAGGGACACCUUCACCAUCGAGACGGACCCCAACCACAACGAGGGUAUCAUCAAGCCCAUGAAGCCCCUGGACUACGAAUACAUUCAGCAAUACACCUUCACCAUAGAGGCCACAGACCCCACCAUCAACCUCCACUACCUGAGCAGCGUCUCCAUCCGAAAAACCGCCCGUGUCAUCAUCAACGUCACAGAUGUGGACGAGCCCCCCAUCUUCAAGCAGUCCUUCUACCACUUCCAGCUGCGGGAGAACCAGAAGAAACCUCUGAUUGGCUCAGUGCUGGCCACAGACCCUGACGCAGCUCGGCGGAGCAUUGGAUAUUCCAUCCGUAAGACCAGUGACAAGGGCCAGUUCUUCCGAAUAACCAAGCAAGGGAACAUUUACAAUGAGAAAGAAUUGGACAGAGAAAUCUACCCCUGGUAUAACCUGACAGUGGAGGCCAAAGAACUGGAUUCUAGUGGAUACCCCACAGGCAAAGAAUCCAUUGUGCAAGUCCACAUCGAAAUUUUGGAUGAGAAUGACAACCCUCCAGAGUUCGCCCAGCCCUAUGAGCCCAGAGUGUGUGAGAACGCUGCCCAGGGCAAGCUGGUCGUGCAAAUCUCGGCAACAGACAAGGACAUAACGCCACGAGAUGUGAAAUUCAAAUUCUCCCUGAGCACCGAGGACAGCAACUUCACCCUCACAGAUAAUCACGAUAACACAGCCAACAUCACAGUCAAGUAUGGACAGUUUGACCGGGAGCGUGCCAAAGUCCACCACCUGCCUGUGCUCAUCUCAGACAAUGGGAGGCCGAGCCUCACAAGCACCAGCACGCUGGUCGUGACCAUUUGCAAGUGCAACGAGCAUGGCGAGUUCACCUACUGUGAGGAGAUGGCAGGCCAGGCAGGCGUCAGCAUCCAGGUCCUGGUAGCCAUCUUCCUCUGCAUCCUCACCAUCACAGUGAUCACCCUCCUCAUCUUCCUGCGGCGGCGGCUCCGGAAGCAGGCCCGCGCCCACGGCAAGAGCGUGCCCGAGAUCCAUGAGCAGCUGGUCACCUACGACGAGGAGGGCGGCGGCGAGAUGGACACCACCAGCUACGACGUGUCGGUGCUCAACUCCGUGCGGCACGGCGGCGCCAAGCCCCCGCGACCCGCGCUGGACGCGCGGCCGUCCGUCUACGCGCAGCUGCGGAAGCCGCCGCGGCACGCGCCCGCCGCAGUGCAUGGCGGGCCGGGGGAGAUGGCCGCCAUGAUCGAGGUGAAGAAGGACGAGGCGGACCACGACGGCGGCGGCCCGCCCUACGACACGCUGCACAUCUACGGCUACGAGGGCGCCGAGUCCAUCGCCGAGUCCCUCAGCUCCCUGGGCACCGACUCCUCCGACUCGGACAUCGAUUACGACUUCCUCAACGACUGGGGGCCCAGGUUCAAGAUGCUGGCGGAGCUGUACCGCUCAGACCCCCAGGAGGAGCUGGUGUACUAGGGGGCGCUGGGCCUCUCGUCUGGGGACCCAAACCACGGCAGCUCAGGCCAGUCGGACACCAGGCACUGAGCCCGCAGACUGUGGCACUGACACCCCAGCCCAGCAGCCCUUCCUCGUGGGUCCCAGAGACUUCACCACCUUGGGUAGCGAACUCCAGGUCCCUGAAAGGUCCAGGAACAUACUUCAGUGACAGCUACCCCCCAAAUGCUGGAAGAUCCAGGCUGGGGUUCUGUCUGGGCUCGGACACCCAUAACCCUGUCCCCUGGGACCACGGGUCCCACUCAGAGCCUUUCUGUGGCUCCUCAAAGCAGCUUAUGUUCAAUUUCCAGGGGGAGAUAGUCCCUUGAAGUCCCUGAACCCCCUGGUGAGAUUGGGGAGGUCGGGGAGGUCCUGGUGCCUGUCUGCCUAGAGGCAAAGCGCUGGAUGGCAUGGCCUGUGGGGCAAAACUCUCCGUCAGCCCAGUCCCACGGGAGACUGGAACUGUCCAUCAGCCUACCCUGCUUCAACUUCCCCCACUCUCCCAAGUCCCCUACCCCUCCCAGCCUCUCCCCAGUCCUGUCAAGAAGGAGGAGGGGGCCCCUUGACAGCUAUAGAAGGUGGGUCCUGAAAUGACCUCGCUGGCCUGCCACGCCCAUAACUACUGUACUAAGCACUGAAAAUUCAACCAAAGUCAGGAAAAUGGCUUGUUGAAUUUUGAAGCAACUGUGAAUCCAUCCUGGAGGGACAGUGGAGACCAAGUGUGACAGAUCACUUGGUGAGGGCAACCUCCACACCCACACCCUUUGGAGAGAGCCUGGAGUAGCUGUGACCCCCCAUUUUGAGACUCAUCGACAACCCCUCCAGUUUUGCCUGUUCCCAGAACAGAAGACCUCUCCCCUAUAUGCCUUGCCUGGUCACUCACUCAUGCUCUUUCUCUCUUUCGAUCUACUCCUUAUCUCUUGACUUCAAGGCCCUCAAAAUCUGACCCUCAGCAACUCUGGCCAAAGUCCAAACCCAAACAUGACUGCACUACAGAACUGUGCCAUUUGCCUUUAGGCACCUCGUUGUUGCCACAUCUCAGGAAACCCCUGCAGGGCCCCCACACCCUGCAAAAAGCAAGGCCCCUGCCCUGUCCACACCCUGUGGUUAUCUGUGCAUCUCCCACUUUCAGCCAAAUAUGGAACAUUACAUUGCAAACAUGUCCUGGGGAAGUGGCAUCACUCAACAAGAGGGGGCAGGACAGGAGGGAAACUCUCCAACUCACCCUUGGUCAUGGACUGAGGUUCCCCUCUGAACAAGGGCCCUCACACUUCAGGAGAUUGUAGAUAACACUGACUUUUUUUUUUUAACCAAUAUCUAGUUUUUGUAAUUUUUUUGUUUACUAAUAAAACUUACAUAUUUCUAGCUCUCACAAACAUAUAGAAUAAGGGUUUUUGCAUAAUAAGCGGGUUGCUAUUUAGGUUAACAACUUUAAUUUGGGUUUUUUAGUUGGAUGAACAUAUUCCUGUAACCUUCUUUUCCCUAUCAUUGUAGUAAUUACUCUAGUGAUAAUGACUAUAUAUAGGCCACACUGGGAAUGGGAUGUACUGUAUUUUUUUUUAUACCUAAAUAAAGAAAAAUCUUGAAAUUCUUUUCUUUCUAGAGCUGAGAAAGCUCAUGUGAGACACAUACACAUCACCACCACCACCAUCAUCAUCAAAGGAACCCUGGACACAAGGGGACAUUUGCAAUUAGGAUUUCAGAGACACUCACUCUGCAUUGAAGCACAGAAUAACACUGGACACCUAGUCCAGCCCUCUUUCUUCCCAGUGCUCAAUGCCUUCACUCAGCCUCUGUACAUGCCUCCUAAUCCCACCUCCACCCUACACAACAGGCAGGGCCUCUGGAAGCUGGGGCUGACACACCAUUUGCAUUUGGCAAAUGGACCAGGGCGGGUGAGAUUCAUCAGCAGUGAGGGAGGAAAUCAAUUUCUAAUGAGCUGGUUGACAGGAGGGAACAGCUAGCACUGUAUUGGGGUGUGUGGACCCAACACUGGAGUCUUGCCUGGAAAACCUCACAAUCAAAAUGAGAAGAGGAAACCUCCAUGUCAGGUCUUGAACUGGGGAGGUAUGGGUUGAAGUUUACUUCAACAAGGCCCCUGCUCCUUGACCCCUCCCAGCAGGGUUUCCUGGGGACUGUCCUCCAAGGAUGAUAUUUUGUAAAGAUCUCAGGGGUCAAUUUGUCUUAAUUCCCAUUUUGCUCUAACUUCCUUUGUGAUUUCCUUUUGAUCCAUUGGUUAUUUGGAAUGCAUUAUUUAAUUUUCACAUAUUUGUGAAUUUUUCAAAUUUCCUGCUGUUAAUGAUUUCUACUUUCUUUCCCUUAUGGUUAGAGAACAUAAUUUUUAUUAUUUCAAUCCUUAUAAAUUUAUUUCUGACUUGUUUUACGCCUUAACGUAUGUUUUAUCCUGGAGAAUAUUCUAUGUGCAUUUGAGAGGACUGUGUAUUCUGCUGUUAGUAGUGGAGUAUUUUAUAGCUGUCUGUUAGAUAUAGCCAGUUUGUAGUGUUGUUCAACUCUUUUAUUCUCUCACUUAUCUGUCUAGUUACUCUCUAUCCAUUAUUGAAAGUGGGGUGCUGAAAUCUCCAACUAUUAUAGUUGAAUUGUCUAUUUCUCCCUUCAAUUCUGUCAGUUUUUGCUUCAUGUAUUUUGAGUCUCUGUUGUUAGGGGCAUAUAGGUUUAUAAUUGUUAUCCUGAAGGAUUGACCCUUUAGCAUUAUAAAAUGUACUUUUGUAUCUGGUAACAAUUUUUAUCAGUCUGUUUCAUCUAAUAUUAGUAUAGUCACUCCAGCUCUCUUUCAGUUAGUUUGCAUAAUAUAUCUUUUUCCAUCCUUUUACUUUCAACCAAUUUGCAUUUUUAAUAGAAAGUGUGUCUUCUGUGGACAAAAUAUAAUUGGAUCAUGGCAAUUUAUCCAUCCUACCAAUCUCUGAUUUUUGAUUGGCAUGUUUAAUCCUUUUACACUUAAUGUAAUUACUAUAAGGUGAGAUAUAUGUCUGCUAUUUUCCUAUUUUUUUCUAUAUCUUAUAUCUUUUUUGUUCCUCUAUUACCCUAUUACUGCCUUCUUUUAUGUUAAACAGGUAUUUUCUAGCAUACCAUUUUAAUUCUCUUGUCAUGUCUUUACUUUUUUUUUUUAAUUUCCUCAGUGGUUCCCAUUAGGUUAUAUUUAAAAUCUUAUAACAAUCCAGUUAGAAUUUUUACUAAUGUAAUUUAAAUACUAUACAAAACUUUGCUGCUAUAUAGCUCUACUCCCUCUUGCCUCCUUUGCACUAUCCAUUGUUGUACAUAUUAUAUUUUUAUACAUUGUAUGACCAUCAACAUAAAUUUAUAGUUUUUGCUUUAUACAUUUGUCUUUUAAAUCAGAUAGGAGGGGGAAAGUUACACACAAAAAUAUGCCUCUUUAAUUUUUUUUUUAAAGAUUUUAUUUAUUUAUUUGAGACAGAGAGAAUGAGAGAGACAUAGAGCACAUGAGAGGGGGGAGGGUCAGAGGGAGAAGCAGGCUCCCCGCUGAGCAGGGAGCCCAAUGUGGGACUCGAUCCCGGGACUCCAGGAUCAUGACCUGAGCCGAAGGCAGUUGCUCAACCAACUGAGCCACCCAGGCGCCCUGCCUCUUUAAUUUUUUAUAUCUACCUAUACAGUUACCUUUACUGCUGAUCUUUAUUUCUUCAUAUGGAUUCAAGUUACUGUCUGUGUCUUUUCAUUUCAACCUGAAUGACUCUCCUUAGUAAUUUUUGUAGGGAAAGUCUGGUAGUAAGAAAUUCUCUCCAUUUUGUUUAUCUGGGCAUUAAUUUUCCUUUAUUUUUCCAAAAUAAAGAAUUCUUGACUGAUAGCCUUUUUCUUUCAGCACUAUGAAUGUCAUUCCACUGCCUUCUGGCCUCCCUAGCUUCUGAUGAGAAAUUGGCUAUUAAUCUUAUUGAGGAAACUUUGUAUGUGAUACAUAAUUUCUCUGUUAUUGCUUUCAAUAUUCUCUCUGUCUUUGAUCUUCAACAGUUUCAUUAUGAUGUGUCUGGGAUAAAUCUUAACAGUUUAUCUUAUUGAAGUUCAUUGAACAUAUUGGAUAUGUAGAUUAAUAUUUUUAUCAAAUUUGAAAGUUUGGGGCCAUUAUCUUUUCAGAUAUUCUUUCUGCCUCCUUCUCUCUCUUUUUACUCUGGGACACCCAUUAUGCAUAUAUGAGUAUGUCUGAUGAUGUCCAAUAGCUAUCUAAGGCUCUAUUCAUUUUCUUCAUUUUUUUUGUUGUUGUUCCUCUGACAAGAUAAUCUCAAUUGAUCUAUCUUCAAGUUUACUGAUCUUUCUUCAGCUCACUCACAUCUCUUCUUGAGCUCUUGUGAAUUUUUCAUUUCAUUUAUUAUAUUUUCAACUCCAGAGAUUCCAUUUGUUUUUGUAUUUUUUUUAAAGAUUUUAUUUAUUUAUUUGAGACAGAAUGAGAGAGAGAGCACAUGAGAGGGGGGAGGGUCAGAGGGAGAAGCAGGCUCCCCGCCGAGCAGGGAGCCCGAUGCGGGACUCGAUCCCGGGACUCCAGGAUCAUGACCUGAGCCGAAGGCAGUCACUUAACCAACUGAGCCACCCAGGCGCCCCUGUUUUUGUAUUUUUUUUUUUAAUAAUUUCUAUCUCUAUACUGAUAUUCUCUUUGGUGAGACAUAAUCCUCAUUUUUCUUUAGUUCUUUAGACAUGGUUUCCUUUAGUUCUUUGGAUGUAUUUUAAAUAACUAGGUUAAACUCUUUGGCUAGUAAGUCCAACAUCUGGGUUUCUUUAGGGAUAGUUUCUAUCAAUUGCUUUUUUUUCCCCUACAAAUGGGCUAUACUUUCUGGUUUCUUUGUAUGUCUCAUAGUUUUUGUAGAAAGUUGGAUAUUUUAAGUAAUAUAACAUGGCAACUGUGGAAACCAUACCCUUGCUCCCCAAGGUUUGUUGUUUUGGUUUUUGUUGCUGCUGCAGUUUGUUAGUGGCUUUCCUAAACUAAUGCUGUAAAAUUUGUACUCUUUGUUGUGUGUGGCCACUGAAGUCUCUGCUUGGUGGUAGUCAGCCAAUGAGUGGUCAGAUACCCCCUUAAAUGCCUAAAACCAAUAAAUCUCUCAGCGCUUGCUGAAAGGC